GAAAUCAUUGUACUUUCUCGGUAUGUAUGACGAUGAAGAUACCUCUCGAGGAGGCAGCGGGAAUAAUUCUGAUAAUGAAGGAGGAUAUGACUCCUCUGGCAGUUAUCUUGACAUAGACGAAAGUUGUAUCUCCUCUAUCGACUAUUGUUACUCAGAAGAAGAGAACUAUGUCUCUGAAAAUGAUGAUACAUGUGAUGACGAUAAGACUAAACGCCUGAAUGAAGAUAUCUCUGCAGCUAUCAGUGAACGAGGAGUACCAAAUUCAGAACUGAUGUAUGGUUGGGGAACAGAAGAACAUGAUAAUAGCAGUAAAAUGGUUCCCCAGAGGGUUCAAUUUCUUGUCGGGGAGCACACAGUCGAGGUUUCCUGUAGUGCGCAUGUGGCACCCACUUUGUUGCAUUUAACUCGCGACAAGCGAAAGUUCACGGAUGACAAGUGUGACUCUGAACUUGCUGAAGGGGUGGAUGCUCUCAAGUUAAGCAUGCCCCCUAAGGAUAUUUGGAAGAAGACUUGGCCAAAAGAAAGCAAGAAUAUUUUGGUCCAUGUGUACGGUUACUAUAAUAAAGAAAAAGGUUUCGGAGGACACACAGUUAUUGUACGCGACAUGUCUGCAAUGCCAAUAGCUGCUUCAGCCAACUUCACACGGUAUGGACUAUCGUAUCUUCAUCACGUGUUGAAGGGAUUAGAGGAUGGUCUCAAUCUUGCUAGGAAACAUGGCUGUUCUAGUCCUACUGUGCUGUGCAAUUCCAGAUUAGUUGCUCAGCUUCUCAGGAAGGCUGCCUGUGACGGUUGCCGUUGCAACAGCAAAACGGUCAGAACUGUUUGCGCGGUAUGUACGUUGAAAACUGUCCCUCAUUUGAAAGAGGUUUACGUGAGAAAUUUGGUGCCUCACAUCGAAACACUCCAAAGAAAGCGAGGUCCCUCAACUUUUGAAUGGGAUUCAGGGAAGAAUGAAGCUGUGCGUUAUCUGGCAAAACUGGUAAAAUCGAACUCACUGUACCAUGGCUAUCGUUUUGACCAGUGGGUUAUGGAAGAACCAAAGGAUUAUAAAGAUGAACUAGUAGACAUUCUGUUCAAGGACGCCUGCAACUUCGAUGAAAGGAUUGGGAUUGCAGUUUCCAAGGCUUCAACUGGAAAUACCUCGAAGGAUGGAGACAGGGCAGGGAACAACAUUUCAGGGGAUAUAAGGGAUGGAAAUGUAGAUGUAGUGGCAGCAAAUGGAAGUAACUCGAACAUAACUUCAAAUGCAGGGAAUGAAGUUGUUUUAUCUACUAGGGAAGAAGAGAUUAUGACUAAGGGAGUAAAAUCAAUGGCAGAAAAAGGUCAGGGUGGUGAUGAUGCAGUCAACUCCAGUGUAGGAGAAACGAUUGGUGGUGGCAACUCAAUUGCUAGUGCAACUGCUAAAGACUCCAACACUGUUGAAGCGAGUGUGGAGAAUUCUGGAACUGAGGGUUGGAUCUCAGUAGAAAGGAAGAAGAAUUGGAUUAAGAAAUCCCCUGAAGCAAAUGAGGGAUACCCCGUAAAAGGGAAGAAGAUAUAUUCCAUGAGGAACACACAGGCGAAAGGUGUUGAAACGUAUGAUAUCAGUUACUACAAAGAACUGGCAAGGAAGUUUUCAAGGCUUCAAAAUUGAUAGUUGUGUUGAAUGGUGGAUCUAUUUAUUUUACGCUUACCCACAGUUACAACCCUUGAUAGUCUCCUACCUCCUUGUAAUCAUAUGCCAUAAUGCUUCACCGGCACCGGUAUUAAUUCCUAGCCACCAAGCAACAAAGUCUAAAUUUUAGUGAAUACCUAUGUCCUCGGAGUGAAUUAUUUUAU